AUGUUUACAUCCCUUUGGAAGCAUCGGGCAUUAUCGCUCGCGGUCGUUUCUCUUCUCGCCUCCUCUACUGCAGCUGAUGUUUUUGAGAGCCUGAGGGCUGUGCCCCAGGGAUGGAGGUAUUCCCGCACCCCGCGUGCCAACCAGCCAUUGAAGCUACAAAUUGCUUUGGCACAGGGCGAUGCCGCUGGGUUUGAGGAGGCCGUCAUGGACAUGUCCACUCCCGACCACCCUAAUUAUGGAAAACAUUUCCAGACCCACGAGGAAAUGAAGCGCAUGCUUCAACCGAGCGCUGAGUCCGCUGACUCGAUCCGUGAAUGGCUCGAGAGCGCUGGCAUCACUCAGAUCGAGCAGGAUGCAGACUGGAUGACGUUCCACACCACCGUAGAGACGGCAAACGAGCUGCUGGCAGCUAACUUCCAGUACUACGUCAGCAAUGCGAGACACAUUGAGCGCCUCCGCACCCUAGAGUAUUCCGUUCCGGACGCUCUCACGUCCCAUGUCAAUAUGAUCCAGCCUACUACUCGCUUCGGACAGAUUCACGCCAAUCGAAACACUCUCCACAGCCAGGCAAAAGAGGCCGACGAGGCUUUCCGCAUGGCUGCCCAGUCAGCUUCCCCGGACUGCAACAGCAUCAUCACCCCACAAUGUCUUAAGGACAUUUAUAACAUCGGUGACUACAAGGCCAAUAGCAGUAACGGCAACAAGAUUGGCUUCGCCAGUUACCUCGAGCAGUACGCUCAAUACUCCGACUUGGCCAUGUUCGAGAAGAACAUCGCUUCUUAUGCUAAGGGUCAAAACUUCUCCGUCGUCCAAUUCAAUGGUGGCGGAAACGUCCAGGGAGGCAGCGGUGACAGCACCGAGGCCAACCUCGACCUGCAGUACAUUGUGGGAGUUAGCUCUCCUGUUCCUGUUGUUGAGUUUAGCACUGGUGGUCGUGGCGAGCUCGUUCCCGACCUUGACCAGCCCGACCCCAAUAACAACAACAACGAGCCGUACCUCGACUUCCUCCAGAACGUGCUCAAGCUGGACAACAAGGACUUGCCGCAGGUCAUCUCCACCUCCUAUGGCGAGGAUGAGCAGAGUGUCCCUGAGACGUACGCUCGCACAGUCUGUAACUUGUUCUCGCAGCUUGGUAGCCGAGGUGUCUCCGUCAUCUUCUCAUCCGGUGAUUCUGGCGUCGGCGCCGCCUGCCAAACCAACGAUGGCAGAAAUGCAACCCACUUCCCACCCCAGUUCCCAGCCUCGUGCCCAUGGGUUACCUCCGUCGGAGCGACCACCGGUACCUCGCCAGAAAAGGCCGUGUACUUCUCCUCUGGCGGCUUCUCUGAUCUCUGGGACCGCCCCAAGUACCAAGAAGAAGCCGUGGGCUCGUACCUCAAGGGCCUUGGUGACACUUGGUCCGGUCUCUUCAACCCCAAGGGCCGGGCAUUCCCCGAUGUCUCAGCCCAAGGCCAAAAAUACGCUAUAUUCGAACGUGGCUCGUUGAGCAGCGUCGACGGUACAUCCGCUUCCGCACCUGCCUUUGCUGGCGUCAUUGCUCUCCUCAACGACGGCCGUAUCAACAGCAACAAGCCCCCCAUGGGCUUCCUUAACCCCUGGCUAUACUCCACUGCCAGCGCCACCCUCAAUGAUAUCGUCGACGGCGGUAGCACCGGCUGUGAUGGUAAGGGUCGCUUUGGUGGCCCCAGUAACGGUGGACCCGCUGUGGCCGGUGCCAGCUGGAACGCGACGAAGGGCUGGGACCCGGUUUCCGGUUUGGGUACACCUAACUUUGGUGCAAUGUCCAAGGUUGCUUAG